CAACGACCAUCAGCGCGUGUACGACGCGCCUCUGGGUGGACGCUACGCUUUGACGUCGGACCAGUCUUCCAAGGAGCUAUCGAAUGCUCUGCACAUCUCUUUAAUUCAGCUGCAGGCGGCAUCUAGUCUUUGAAUCUUCGCAACGAGAAGGUUUCGAAGCAUCCCCGCACAUGCGCCAUGAACGACGAGCUGACUUGGGUUGAUGUGCAGCAUCGAACAUUCACUACAUGGCUCAACACACAGCUAUCAAAGUCUGAUGAACACGUCGCAAUCACAAACCUCGCAACAGGACUGAGCGACGGUGUUCACCUCAUCAAACUACUGGAGAGUAUCAGCGAGGAGAAGAUCGGUCGAUACAAUCGCAAACCAAAGCUUCGUGUACAGAAGGCAGAGAAUGUCAACAUCGCUCUGGAUUUUAUCCGCUCGAAGAACAUCUCACUCACCAACAUCGGAGCUGAAGACAUCAUUGAUGGCAAUCUGAAACUCAUCUGCGGCCUGCUAUGGAUGCUCAUUUUGCGUUUUACAAUCUCAGACAUCAAUGUGGAUGGGCUUACGGCCAAGGAGGGACUCUUGCUGUGGUGCCAGCGCAAAACGCAAGGCUAUGUUGGUGUAGAGGUCAGAAAUUUCACAACGUCCUGGACUGAUGGCCUUGCAUUCUGCUCUUUACUGCACAGAUACCGCCCCGACUUGCUUGAGUUUAGCAAGCUCGAUGCUUCAGAUGCAGUUGCCAACAUGUCUCUUGCUUUCGAUUUGGCUGAGAAGCACAUCGGCAUACACAAGCUCUUGCGAGUUGAGGACAUCUGCACAAGUGUUCCCGACGAGCGCUCGGUGAUGACCUACGUUGCCCAGUUCUUCCAUGCAUUCUCUCAUCUUGACAGAGUCGAAGCAGCUGGGAGGCGUGUCGUCGUCUUCGCCGAAACAGUACAAUCUUGCUGGACGUUGCAGCACGAUUACGAGAAGCGCGCUGCAGCGCUCUUUGAGGCGCUUGAAGAGGUGACCAAGAACUGGCACGCUACUUCUUUCGACGGCACUUACGAGGAUGCAAAACACCAAUCGACUGCUCUUGUGAAUUUCAAAGCCUUGCAGAAGCGAGCCUGGACGCGGGAAAAGCUCAGCCUCGAAAGUCUGUUCGGCGACAUAGAGACCAAGUUGAAGACAUACAAGAUGGCUAGCUACGUGCCUCCUUCUCACCUUGCUGUUCACCAAAUCGGUCGCCACUGGGAAUCAUUCAUCGAAGCUGAAGGCAUGCGCUCGAGGCUUAUCAACAAACAGAUGCGCAAGGUCAAAGAAGACCUUAGGAUCAAUUUUGCCGACAAAGCCAACGAUUUUGCAGCCAUGCUGAAGACUCUCUCGGUCCACUUGUCAAGUAUGACUGGGGAGCUGGACCAGCAGCUGUCAGACACCGCCUAUUUAGUCGAGCACAUUGCACCACUCCAAGAAGCGCUUGGAGACUUGCACGAAGCGGCUGCCCAAUGCGAACGAGCCAAUGUUGAAGAAAAUGAUCACACGAUCUACACGUAUGAUGACAUGGAGUACGAAUUCAAAUUAGCGCACGAAGCCAUCACCAAACGAUACCAAUUCCUGGAGAAUCAGAUAAUCGCCAAGUCAAAGACCAACAUCACUCCUGCACAUCUCGAGGAGAUUGAUAAUGUGUUCCGCCACUUUGACAAGUCCAGCUCCAACAAGCUCCAGGAGAACGAGCUUGUUGCUGCCUUGGCCUCUCUUGGACUUACGUACGACGACGCGGAAAUGCAAAAUAUCGUCGCUGAGAUUGGGGACGAGUCUGGUAAAACUGGCUGGGAGGGCUUCUUGAAUUUCAUGAUUGACGAGCUUGAAGAUCAAAGAACCCCUGAACAGGUGCUUUUGGCAUUCAGGGAAGUGGCCGACUCAAAGGCCUAUGUCACUGAGCUUGAUUUGCGUUCGUCUCAGCUGCCAGAGUCUACCGUAGACUUUUUGGUCAAAAGUCUUCCGCCAGUGCCUUCGACCGAGCUCGAGCCGGAAGACACGGGCCAAAUUGGGCUUGAUUAUGUCCAAUUCAUGGAAGGCUUGUUGUUCAAGGCUGUUCAUACGACUUAGACCAUACAGCGUAAGCGUGUUGCUAUAGAGCUGAUAUCCAUGGGUGACCAUCUG